AUGUCCCUGGGAUUGAAGAUACAUCCCCUGUUCUUGAUCCUUUUUCUGAGUCAUGCUGUGGUGAGCUGGAGAGUUCCAAAUUCCCAGCAGGAUUUGCAUCCAUUGUUGCAAAAAAUGGCAGAAGAAAUAAUAGAGGGAAGCUAUCUGAAUGCGUUACUGGAUCUCAUACAGUUUCAAAGCUCUCACGUGUGGACAGCAGACCUGUCCCACAAAGUCCUGGACUAUCUGAAUUCUCGGAAUGUUGCCUUCACGAAGGCCAGCCUAAAGGCAGCUAUGGAAAACCAGCUGGAGCAGCAUUUACACGAGCCCCAGAAGCUGCUGGAGGACCUGAGAGGAACAGAUGCACAGCAGUUCCACACGGCCAUGAAAUGCCUCUUAGGAGACAAGAAGGACCGCUUGGAGCUGGAGGACGUCAUCAUUGACUUGGGAGAGCUCCGAGAACGAGCCCUUCAGAGCCCUGGCGUGAACCGCAGCCUGUUCCUCGUCACUUUGGAGAGGUGUUUCCAGGUGCUGAACUCCCUGGAGUGUGUGCAGAUCCUGGGCAGGGUGCUCAAGGGCUCCUCAGGCAGCAUGCUGCAGCCGGACGUCACAGAGAGGCUCCCCCAGGACCUGCGGGAGGAUGCCUUUAAGAACCUCUCUGCAGUAUUCAAAGAUCUCUAUGACCAGACCUCGGCCCAUUCCCAGCGAGCUCUAUACUCCUGGAUGACUGAGAUUUUGCGAGCAUCUUCUAACAGCACUGGUGACUCUGCUUCAUGGGUCAGCGCAGAAAACUUAUGGAUAUUGGGCAGAUAUAUGGUUCACCUGCCACUUGAAGAAAUUAUGAAAAUUAGUGCUACAGAAAUCGGACUGUUCAUUAGCUACGACAACGCCACCAAGCAGUUGGACACCGUUUAUGACAUCACACCCCAGGUGGCCCAGGCGUUUCUGGAGAGAAUCACAUCCUCCACCUUUGACAUGAGGAAUACCUCAACCAUCCACAGGCUGGGGCUGCUGGUCUGCUUCUACAAUGACCUGGAAUUUCUGGAUGCUGCUGGGGCCCAAGUCCUUCUUCACCAGAUGAUCAAAUGCAGUCGCCUGAGGGGCUUCCAGGCCAGUGUUCAGAAGCUCAAAGCUGAACUUCUGGACAUUGCCACGGAGAACCAGACCCUCAAUGAGACACUGGGCUCUUUGUCGGAUGCAGUCGUGGGGUUGACUCACAGCCAGUUGGAAUCCCUCUCCCCGGAGGCUGUACGUGGUGCCAUCUCCACCCUCAACCAGGUCUCAGGCUGGGCCAGGAGCCAGGUCCUUAUCUUGUCUGCUAAAUACUUGGCGCAUGAGAAGGUGCUGUCCUUCUCUGACGUCAGUCAGAUGGGCGUGCUGCUGGCGGGCGUGGGUACCCAAGCCUUGUACAGCAUGGACCGCAAGGACCUCCUGCAGGUCCUGAGAAGCGCCCUCUCGCAGCACCUGUCCGAGCUGCCACCUGCCCAACAGCAGGGGGUCCUCAGCAAGAUAAUGGAAGCAGGUGACCCUGGGUUAGCACUUUCAGAUAUACAAGGGGCUUUCUUUAAGGAAGUGUCUCUCUUUGAUUUGUGGAGGGGGCCUGGUAUCAACUUGACGGUCCUGAAGGAGAAGGAGCUUCGAAGGAGUCAGGCCUUGUUCCUGUAUGAUCUUCUUUCAAAGACCACGGGAAGCCCCGCGGAGCUCCUGAGUGCAGGGCAGCUGGUCCAAGGUGUGACAUGCUCCCACAUUGAAGCCAUGAGUGAGGAAUCCUUCCUGUCCAGUUUCCAGUAUUUUGAGAACAACCUUGCCCUCCUGUCACCAUAUCAGGUUAACUGCCUGGCGUGGAAAUACUGGAAGGUUGCCAGGUUUUCUAUGCCGCCUUUUCUUUUGGCCGCACUCCCGGCCCGCUAUCUGGCUUCAGUCCCAGCUUCCCAGUUCGUGCCCUUUCUGAUCAGCCUGGGCAAGAAGCAAUUGGACUCCUUAGUUUCCGAUUCUCACAAAAAGAAUUUGGUUCUCAGGAAAGUGCAGCAGGGCCUGAAUGGCUCCGUUGUUGACGAGUAUACCGUGGACAUGCUGGGGAACCUGCUCUGCCACUUGCCUGCGGCUGUUCUCGAUGGAAUCUCCCCCAGGGCCUGGACCACUGCCCUGCAUGGCCUCAGAGACUGCGCAGUGCUGGGCCCACUGCAGAAGGAGGCUGUACGCCGCAGGCUUCUGGAGCAGCACGGACUCCCUCAGAACUGGACAGCAGAGACCACAAAGGACGUGGGACCUUUUCUAGUUCUUUUCUCAGGAGAUGAAUUAAGCUUUAUCACCACAAAGUUUCCUGAUAUCUUUCAACAAACAGCUUCCAAAAUGACCAGGACUGUGCCCCCUAAAGAAUUCCUCUGGGCUGUCUUUGAAUCUGUUCAGAACAGUAGCAAUGAGGGCUCCAGUUUUGACUCCAGCCCUGGUUGCCGGGGAGUUGCAGCUCCCUCCUCUGAGGACAUCUUCAUGCUGGCUGAAGCCAAUGCCUGUUGGAACCUGGCUGCCCUGCUUUGCAUGGAGGAGGACACUUUCCUCAGGACGGUGGAGCUGCUGGGCACAGUCAAGGGUUUUGACCUGUCUCAGCUGAUGGUCUUGAAGGAGAAGGCGAUACAGGUUUGGGACAUGCCUCUGUACUGGAAAGAGUACCACAUUGUCUCCCUGGGACGCAUCGCUCUGGCUCUAAAUGAGAGUGAGCUGGAGCAGCUGGACCUCAGCUCCAUUGACACAGUGGCUUCCAUAAGCCAACAGACAGAAUGGACUCCAGGACAGGCAAAAUCCAUUCUGCAAGGGUUUCUGGAGGAUUCUGGCUAUACCAUCCAGGAUCUGAAGAGCUUUCACUUUGUAGGACUUGGUACAAUCCUGUGUGCUCUGAAUACCACUGAGAUCCCACUUAUCAGGAUCUCAGAAUUCAGAGUUGUGGUGGCCAGGAUCGGAACCUUGCUCUGCAGCACCCACAUUUUGGCCGAGUUUAAGAAGAAGGCAGAAGCCGUGUUUGGAAAUCCCGCCAAGUGGAACAGCUCCAUCCUGCAGGAGCUUGGCACCAUUGCAGCUGGAUUAACUAAGGACGAACUCCGAACGCUCGACAAAGACUUGAUGCCGUAUUUCCAGCCAUCAGCAAUAAAAUGCCUCCCUGAUGAGAUAUUCAAAGAGCUGUCCACAGAGCAGAUCUUCUCUUUGGGCCCUGAGAACGCGGCCGCGGUGACGGAUGCCCAGCGCAGGCAGCUCAGCCUGCCGCAGCUGCACAGCCUCCAGCGUGCACUAGAUGGCGCCAAGGUCCACGCCUGGCUGGAUGCUCCUGUGAGCCCCAGCCCCACUGGGACCCCUUUGUCCCAAACUCCCCCAGGAGCUCCUGUCUGCUGGGGUCUUUGGCUUGGCUGCCCUCUGCUAGUUCUAAUGCCCAAGCCUCUGUGGUGA